GUGGUCCUACUGCAGCAUAGAGAAGGGGGGGUUGGCAUGGGGCAAUGUUUGAGGCACCAGAUGCACUGGGAGGACCUGGAAGAAUACCAGGCCCUGACCUUCCUGACCAGGAAUGAAAUCCUGUGCAUCCAUGACACCUUCCUGAAGCUCUGUCCCCCUGGGAAGCACUACAAGGAGGCGACACUGACCACAGACCAGGUCAGCUCCCUGCCGGCCCUGAGGGUCAACCCUUUCAGAGACCGAAUCUGCAAAGUGUUCUCCCACGAUGAUGUGUUCUCCUUUGAGGAUGUCCUGGGUAUGGCAUCUGUUUUCAGUGAGCAGGCUUGCCCCAGCCUGAAGAUCGAGUAUGCCUUUCGCAUCUAUGAUUUUAACGAGAACGGCUUCAUUGACGACGAGGACCUACGGAAGGUUGUCCUCCGACUGCUCAACAGCGACGACGUGUCGGAGGACCUGCUGACCGACGUCACGAACCACAAUCUUAAUGCCCUUUCGGGGUCCCCAAGAGCAGGUGCCCGAGCCACCCACACUGCAGUCACUGCAGGCAGGUGGUCCAACGGAGGCUUAGCAUCAGAUGGACACAUCACAACGUCCCCUGGCCCACAUUAUCCCAGCACAACACAAUGCCCAGAUGUCCUACAGUGACAGCCCCCAGUGUGACAGGCCGUGAAAACAGCCUUGUGAAUCUGUUUGUCCUAAGACCAUGAGAACGUUCAAGUGCUUUUGGUCUAGGUCGAAACCAGAAGCAAAGAUAAAACCAGGAGGGGUCAUCACUGCCUCCUCGACCUGACUGGGCCCCUUGCCCUACAGAGCCCCUGCCUGUGUCUGGGUGACAGGUGGGGUGGGGGAAGCCACCCUGUUCGCCUCCGUGACCAUUUCUACUGCCACGUUUGUGUUAGAGGCACCAAGGGGACUCUUCCACAAUGAGACGAGCCCAUGAAGUCCCAGGCUUCAGCGCACAUAAGCUU